AUGUCAGCUUCCACAAAUCCGCCACCAUCGCUCGUCUCUCCUUCAAACAAAACCGACAUCAUGACCUCCGCUGACCCUGAACCCACAAAGAAGUCCAAGAAGAAGAAGAGCUCCAAAAAACCCCAGCUCAAUGGCAUCGAUACUUCAUCCAAUAAUGACUCCAAGUCUACCACCAAUACUACCAAUACAGCUACAUCGACUUCUGCAACCACUAACGGGAAGAUACCUCAAUCCCCGGCUAUGUCUUCCACUUCAUCAAAAUCUAAGGACGGGAAUGCUGGUUCCCUUAUAAUAUGCAGGAACAAACACUGGCGCUACAUCUCGUCCUUCCACGGCCCAUGGCUCCAACUCCCCCCCGAAGUCCUCGAAUCCCUCGCCUAUCACAACUGGGGAACCCCACGUCCACACCCCAUCGACCCCGCCGUUUUCUUCGAUAUUGUCAAGAUCCGACGUCUCGUCGACGAAGCUACUACCAUUAGCGUUCGAGCCGCAGCGGGUGUCGCAUCUUCUUCAAGCAGUUACAACUCCUCCGCUGCCUCCCUGAUGGGUGGUGGGAACGCCGCAAUCCUAGGGAUCGGAUUUACAAACCCGAAUUCCAAUGCCAAACUUUCGAGGGAACGGAAGCAUCGGAUGAGAGAACUUGCGACUCAAAAGCUUUCUAGAGCUUACGCUCUCGAUGAAAUUGCCGCUAGCGUCGCAACAAUGCAAGGGGCCAGUACCCUUGAGGAUGUUGCUUCGUUCGUUCUUCAGAGGAAUCCGGACGACGUGGAUGCCAAAUAUGUACAUUUCUUCCAUGAGAAGAUCCCUAGUAGGAUGUUGGCUGCUUCUACUAGUCUUGAUCCGCUGGAUCAAGUGAUCUUUGAGAGACCGUACGAUGGAUGGGCAUUGAGGACUCGAGCUGUUACAAAGGGGUUCAAAGACGAUCAUGUUGGCGCUGCGGCAGAUUUGACAAGCGCUCUGAAGAGGGUUAGGAGCGCGGUUCACGAUAAUGGGAUCGGGAAGGGCACGAUUGGGGAUAUCUUUGGGACGAAUGGAACUACUAGUGGGAUGAUGCAUGAGAACCGUGGGAGUAGGGGGACUGGCAAUGGGAGUGGAGGUGGACCUGGAGCUGGGACAUGGGAUGGAGUCACCAAGGAUGAAAAUUUACAGCCGAGUUCAUUGGAGAUGCAGCUAUUGUUCCACAGGGCUAGUACCUAUCUUACGAUCGCUUGCCAGAAGAUCGAGACUUUCAAUGCUCUUGGAGAACAUAAGAACCCACCUCCGGCGAAUGGAGCACCACCACCCACCACUGCCAACGGUGGGCCGGAUAUUUAUACUUUGACGGCUCAAAAGCGAGAGACGAUUCGAAAGGCCAUCCGACAGAAUGCUAAGAAAGCAAUCCGAGAUUACCUUAAAUAUCUGUCUUAUUUCGAUUAUACACCCGGUCUUACACCAGAAGAAGCAGAGGAUCAAUUACGACAGAACAUCCAAGCUGCAGCUAGGAUGAAGACCCAGAAGGCUUUGGAGUAUGAUGCCAAUGGGAACGGAAAUACUAGCAAUGGUAACAACAAUAAUGGCAGCAGCAGCACAACUACCAAUGGGAAAGAGCAUGCUAAUGGCGGAUACUCCCGAGCUCGUAUCCCUGCACCUAGAGGACCAGUUUACUCCGUCUCAACCCUUUUCACAUCCCCACCCUCCACCCUCCCACCAUACCCACCUUCCCAAUCCACCGAACUCACCAAAUAUGCGCCUCCUUCAUCCAACUCCGCCGCUACUUCAUCUUCUACCUCCCCCCAACAACCCUCUCAAUCCUCUACUAUGAUCCCAGUCUACGAACAAAUCACCUACCAUCCACUCCUAACCGACGCUCUUCACUCCCUCCUUCUCUGCCACGCCAUAAUCUCUACCCCCGCCAAGGAAAUCCAACGGUACGCCUUCAUGGUCGCACGGCUAGCAAGGAUAUGCGAUGGAUAUCCCAUCUUCUUGGCGGCUAGAAGUCCGGCGAGAGCAGAUUGGAUCGAACUUAUACGAAGAGUUGGGGAUUGGAUGACACUCGGGAGAAGUUGGGAGAGUCUUUGUCAACCGGCGCCGUUACCACCUGUUAUUGAACGGGAUGAUGGGUAUCAUUCUCAUUCCCACCAUCACCAUUCUCACCACCACAAUCAUUCUCACCAUCACGGUAGUGGCGGUGGCGCUGGUAAUAAAUUGAUUGGGGAUGGGAAUGUCAGUAGUGAUGCUCUGACGGCAUUGAUGAAUGGAGGUGAUUCGGAUGGUGGAUUUGAACUUACUGGUGGAUCUGGAAGUUUUGGAGGUUGUAGUGGUAGUCAUAAGGAGCAUAGUCAAGUCAGGGGAGCUAAAAGGUGGGCUCAAGAAGAUGGGAAGGAAUAUCCCAUCUCCACGGAGAGGGCAGCGGUGAUUGCGAGGUUUGUGAAGGAAGAUAUGAAGAGGGGGAAGGAUGGUGGGGAUAAAGCAGCAGCGGUGAAGAAGGAGAAUGGAGAGGUUGCUAAGGGGAAAGUUGGGGGAGAAAAAGUGGAGGUUCGGUUGGCGAAGGAAGAGAGUUUUGAUGCUGAGGAGUUGGAUUGA